AUGAUACCAGUUGAAGGAGCCGAGUUUCAAUGCAGCACUACCAGACCAGACAUACCCUAUACACUUUACGUCAAUGACAGCUAUCUCCUUCUCGUUCCUCGACAAGUUACCAAGGUUCACCCAAACUUUCCCACCACUCAAGGUCCUCUUCAGCGGUUCAAAUUGGAACUGUCAGAUCAUGUGGUCGAUGAAUACAGGACAAAAUACAACAAGGAGCCAAAGUUUUCCUCCAGAAAUGUUCACUUCGGAUUGGAAGAUGAUGAAGUCGUUGUCGCUGCUCUACUGGAGAGUAGUAACAUGAUCCCGCAUUGGGAAUUCCGCACUCUGUUGGAUGGAGCCAAUCCCGGGAACAAGCAUCUUACGGACUAUUCUUCGGAUGCCGAAGCUAGUUUUGGAAUGAUGCACCACGACCUAUCCAUGGCAGCAAGACGCUAG